CAAUCCUCCCUUCCCGAGGCCGCGAUGCGCGAUCACGAGAGGGCGAGCUAGCGGGAGUGGACGGACAUGGUGUUUGGCUCCUGCGACGAUGGCACUCCAAUUUUAUUGUUAUUUUUUCGAAAAUCUUUUCGUUUUUUACAGUCCAGCGUAGUCGUUCAGAUCAGUUGGCCACCUGUGCCGCCGAUCCCACAAUCCAAGUUCCAUAACAAAAGGACCCGCUCGUGCCGCCCAAUUUCACUUUUCUAACAACACUACAUUACCUCGCAGCUUGUGGCAACCUUGUUCAGUGUGAUCGUCCCUUUAACACCUGUUGUAUCCCAUCCCAUCCCAUCCCUAUCUCCCAUCUUCAUCUCCUGCCCCGCUCGCUCUUCCCCUCUUCUCCACUUGUGAUCAUUGAGUGAGUUUCUGUGUGAGUUUCUGAAAUCAUCAUUCAGGGUUUCCCGACCUGCUUGUCUAGAGUUUGUCGGAAGUAAGAGGAAGCUGUGUUAGCUGUAUCUGUGAAGAACGUCGUCGGUCGCGUGGUGUUGUAACAAAAAGUCGAUUUUGAGUUCAUGUGGUGAGAGGAGGCUUGCGCCUGACGCGAUCAAACUUACGGCUCGAGCGUAGGAGCGCAUCUCUAGUAUAGUCGCGUUGGGGUGGGUUGUCUUCGCUUGCGUCUCGGAGUUUGUGGUACGUGUCGAGGUUAGAGAGGGUGUGCGAGGGGUCCGCAUCAAGCUGUGCCAUCUCGCGAGGCGGUCAGUGCCAGUGCGAGAGGAUAGCAUUUUGAUUGAGUGAAAUUUACCGAGCACUCCCUGGGUACGUGAUUCACAAAGAGUGUCUGUUAGGAACGGAGUGAGUAGUUCAAAGGAAUUGGGUGAUAUAUUUUAGUGAGGUAGUCGGCAGGAUUGCACUCGGGAGAAGAGGUCGUGAGCACAAGAGUUGAGUAAGCUGCCCUCCAUGCGGUUCUCACAUAAAGCAGACAGAGCCACGCCUCUCAAAUCGGUCGCGCCCUACCAAGUCGACAAGAUGAGCUACAACAACAAUAACAGCAGCAAUGUGGCGAUUCCAGUGGGGUUCCGAUUCCACCCUACGGACGAAGAAUUGGUCGGAUGGUAUCUGCACAACAGGGUCACUGCGCCGCCACCAGAGCCCAGGGAGGACGACCAGAGGAUCAUCCGCGAGCUCGACCUCUACAAACAUGAGCCCUGGGAUCUCGCAGAGGUAUGCAAGAUUCCAGGCGACCAUUCCGUGAACCAGAACAACUGGUACUUCUUUAGCCAUAAGGACAAGAAGUACCCCACCGGCAACCGCGCCAACCGUGCAACCAAAGCGGGGUUUUGGAAGGCCACAGGGCGGGAUAAGUGCAUCCAGACCAGGUAUUCUGUGGGAAUGCGCAAGACUCUGGUGUUCUACAAGGGCCGGGCGCCUCAUGGCCAGAAGACCGACUGGAUCAUGCACGAGUUCCGUCUAGACGACGGCAACCAGGCAUUCCGCGGUUUCGAUGAGGCGGGCGCGUGGGUGGUUUGCCGCGUUUUCAGAAAGACCAAAAACAUCAAGACGAAGGGUGACGAUACCCCUUCAACUUCCAUGGAAGAGGACCAGCACAUCGCUCUGCAGCCCGACAUCACCGAUUCCCCGGAGAAAUUUUCAAGUGAUGGAGGGGAAGAUGGGAGAGAUGUGGACUACCCACCAACAAAUAUGGUUCCGAAUCAUAUUGCCAAUUACGAUAUGCAUUGCAAGCAGGAGCUCUUCCCGGUGAACGAAUUCAGGAACCUCCAUCACAACCUGCCUGUGCACCUUGAUAACCAUGGGAUUGAAGCUAUAUUGCCUCAGAGUGUCGCCCCUCACUCGUUGUUCAGGAUCACUGCUGCCUCCACACGGUCCAACUACAGCGCUAUCCACCUUCCAUCGUCCGAUUUCGAUCAACAGAUGCUGCAGCACAUGGGAACAGGCUCCUCGGCUGCAGGUUUAUUCUCCCCUAUGCCGAACAAUGCUUAUCAUGCGAUUAUCGAUGAUCAUCCUCCGAGGCCGCACAUCCGCGGAAUGGGAUACAGGAACAGCUCGGAAAUAUUGAAUGGUCUUGCAGAAUUUCAAAGCUUUGGUCACCCGGCUCUGCAGGGCGACCAGACGCUAACGGAUGUUGUUUCCCGCCCACUGGAGCGUCUGCAGCAGUUGCAGCAGUCGACCAGCGACCUUCUUAGCACCAACUCAGUCCAUGACGUGAUUCACAAUUUCGGAAUGCCCAGUCUCUCUUGGCAAGCUCGACCUCAGAGUCACUUUGUGGAAUUCUGCACCAACCCUGACUCGAUUAACUCACACAGCUCAACGUUUUUGUCAUCCGGGGAGUGAAGGACGUGACAGCGACGCGCCUUAUCGACGCUGAAGCUGAAAGAAGAGUACAUUAUUAUUAUUCAAAGGGGGCUGGCAGGAAAAAUUCUGAAGCAGCUGCAGAAGAGCAAUUUUGAUGAUGUAUCUUUAGGAGACACCAAACGGACAAACUUUGUGUUGCACUAUUACAGAUCCUGAUCAUGUUACUCCCCCUACUCUGGCCGCAAAGUUUAAGAUAGCAGGCAUGCAGAAAAGAUAACCAUGUGUUCACUCUGCAUGACAUUCGAUCCCUGAUUUGUGACUCAUAGCCAGUCAUGACACCCCAACUAACCUAACCAGUUAGUGUUAGAGAAUCAACCACCAAGAUUUUUGCUGUGUACGGCAAUGUUAGAACUCUCCGAGGUAGAAGAUGAGAGUGAAGGAUUCAUUCUGAAACAGCCAUUUCAAAUAAACUGUUGAUAAUUGUACAUAUAUAUAUACACUUCACUCUGUCUUCGAUA